AUGAGGCCUGUGUUAUUCAGGGAAAGAUAUGGAUCUUCUCUUGUAAAGAAAGAAUAUUCUACAAAUGUCGAUGGAACCGUGGAUAUAGAUGACAAAUCUCCUAAACUGACCUCUGUGUCAAAUUUCUUUCGAUCAGUAUUUUUACCACAAGGGUAUCCAGAAAGUGUGAGCAGUGACUAUUUCAUCUAUCAGUUAUGGGACACCAUUCAGUCAAAUGGAACGGGAAUGAUAGGAAGAAUUGGUUUUGCAUGGCUCAAAGGGAGUAAUUUAGACUGUGAUGCCAAAAGAUGGAGAUUAUUUGCUGACAUUUUGAAUGAUUUUGCAAUAUUUUUAGAAAUUCUGGCUCCAAAUUUUAAACCCUUUUUCACACCAAUUGUGUGUACAGCUGGGUCAAUUGUUGGAGUGGCAGGUGGAGCCACUAGAGCAGCCUUAACUCAACACCAGGCACGCAGAAACAAUAUGGCUGAUGUGUCAGCAAAAGAUGGCAGUCAAGAAACCUUAGUGAAUCUAGCAGCAUUAGUUUGUAGUCUUAUUCUGGUUCCUAUGGUUACAGGAAAAGAUUUGAUUAUAUGGACAUUGUUUAUUUUGUUUACAUUCCUUCAUCUUUUUGCAAAUUAUUCUGCUGUCACCAAUGUUGUCAUGGAAACAUUAAACCAGAAUCGUUUACAUUUCUUAGUGAAGUCAUACCUGCAUCAUGGAAUUAUCGAAAAUACUCAAUCAGUCAAUUAUAAAGAACCAGUGUUAUGGAGUUUACGCCGGAAAUUUCAAGUCAGAUUAGGUGUAUCAGUGGGAAAAAUUUGCAAAACAUAUAAAGAUAUACAACUAAUGGAAAGCUUAUAUAAAAAUACAUAUUAUAUGUUAGGAUUAAAUUUACAAAAAGGUGAAAUAAAUAUAGUAUUAAAUGAGAAUUCUACACAACAAGAUCAACUAGAAGCUUGCUAUCAUGCUGAAGUUUUAGAAGUUAUUUAUAGUUUAAAAACUACAGACAUUCAGAUAAAACAAUAUGAAUUUAAAGAUAUAAUAGAUGGAUUUGAUGAAGAAAAUCUACACAAAAUAUUACAGCAAUCUCUAGUGUUAGUAAGAAGAAGUUUUAAAGGUUUUAUUGAGAAUUUAAACAAUGAGAAUUGGAGGACAGAUAUAGCUCUACUGUGCGCUGAUGAAUGGAGAGCUAGAGAUGCUUAUAAAAAACAAAGAGGCACUGAAGAAAUUCUAACAGAUGUUGGAUACUUUUUCCAAACUAUGAAAAUCUUACAAGGAAUGACAAACUUUUGUCAGAUUUAUAUGUUGAGAAAAAUGAAACAGGUAGCUGAUGGUUUAGUUAAAAUGCAAAAGGCCUGUAUUGCCCUAACGCCCAUUAUACCCAUUUGUGUUAAUACCUUUGAUCCUAGAUCAAGAGAUAAUCCUGGAUUAUCUGAUUCUCAAGGCUAA